GGACUUCCUGCCCAUUUUUGAUAGGGGCCGGGCUGCGGAGUUGGUGGAAGGAGGACACAGGAGGCUCCGCCCCCAGCGUCCCGUGGCCAUGACGACCGCCCAGCGGGACGCCCUGGUGUGGAAGCUCGCCGGGCUGCUGCGGGAGUCUGGCGACGUGGUCCUGUCUGGCUCUAGCACUCUGAGCCUGCUGACUGGCACCCUGCAGCACUUGAACCACGUAUUUGAGCUGCAUCUGGGGCCAUGGGGCCCUGGCCAGACGGGCUUUGUGGCCCUGCCCUCUCACCCCGCCGACUCCCCUGUCAUCCUCCAGCUUCAGUUCCUCUUCGAUGUGCUGCAGAAAACGCUGUCACUCAAGCUGGUCCAUGUCCCUGGUUCUGGCCUCCCAGGGCCCAUCAAGAUUUUUCCCUUCAAGUCUCUUCGGCAGCUGGAGCUCCGCGGUGUCCCCAUCCACUGCCUUCGUGGCCUCUGCGGCCUCUACUCCCAGCUAGAGACCCUGAUUUGCAGCCGCAGCAUCCAGGCAUUGGAGGAGCUCCUGUCAGCGUGCGGUGGUGACCUGUGCUCUGCCCUGCCCUGGCUGGCUCUGCUCUCUGCCAACUUCAGCUACAAUGCACUGACUUCCUUAGACAGCUCACUGCGUCUCUUGUCAGCGCUGCGCUUCCUGAACCUGAGCCACAAUCAAGUGCAGGACUGCGAGGGCUUCCUCAUGGACUUGUCUGAGCUCUGCCAUCUGGACAUGUCCUAUAACUGCCUGCACAUGGUGCCAAGAAUAGGACCCUCGGGGGCCACUCUGGGGACCUUGAUACUGCGAGGCAAUGAGCUCCAGAGCCUACAGGGCCUGGAGCGGCUGAGGAACCUGCGGCACCUGGAUGUGGCAUACAACCUGCUAGAAGGACACAGGGAGCUGUCCCCGUUGUGUCUACUGGCUGAGCUCCGCAAGCUCUACCUGGAGGGCAACCCUUUGUGGUUCCACCCUGCACACCGAGCGGUCACUGCCCAGUACUUGUCACCCCGCGUCAGGGAUGCUGCAGCCGGCUUCCUUCUCGAUGGCAAAGUCUUGUCACUGACUGACUUUCAGGUCUCCUCCACGUCCUCCAGCUCCAUGGCUGGCCCUGUGCCCUGGCCAGCAGGGAGCACUGUUGAAACCUCAGGUGGUCCUGACCUGAGUGACAGCAUCUCCUCUGGGGGCGUUGUGGCCCAGCCCCCGCAUCGUAAGGUUAAGAGCCGAGUCCGUGUGAGGCGAGCAAGCAUCUCCGAACCCAGUGAUACGGACCCAGAGCCCCGUACAAUAGACCCGUCUCCAGCUGGGCAGUUUGUGCAGCAGCAUCGGGAACUUGAACUCAUGAACAGCUUCCGCGAACGGUUUGGCUGUGACUGGCUACAGUAUAGGAAUCACCUGGAGAUCUCCGGGACCCCAGUUCUGGCCGCCUCCCAGACCCCUGCCUUCAGCACAGUGUGCCCGGACACCCAGAACCCAGGGUCUGUGCCCGGACCUCCGCCCCUGCCGAAGGAGUCACCACAGGAGACAGCAGAGGAGGUCGGGCCACAGCCGGAGCCCCAGGAGGAAGAGGUGGUGGAGGAGCUGGCAAAAGAGGAAGAAGGAAAGGAGGAAGAGGAAGAGGAGGAGCCGGAGCCGAAUGAUGUGGAGGGUGCCUGCCAGGGAGACGGGGCCGAUGCUGGCGGUAUUAUCUGGGAGAGAGGCAAACCCAGACUUGGGAUGGUUCAUUCCGUUUCGGAACUGUGUCGCCCCAUGCUGGUGUGUCCCCUGGAGGGGCCUGAGGGCGUGCGUGGCAGGGAAUGCUUUCUCCGGGUCACCUCCAGCCACCUGUUUGAGGUGGAGCUCCAAGCAGCCCGGACCCUGGCACGGCUGGAGCUCCAGAGUCUCGAGACGGCGGAGGUGGAGCCCGAGCCUCAGAGCAGGGGAGAGGCUGUGCUCGUGGGCUCAGAGCCGCUCCCUGGGGCCCCUGUCCUUGUUCUGCGUUUCUCCUACAUCUGCCCAGACCGGCAGCUGCGGCGCUACGUGGUGCUGGAGCCCGAUGCCCACGCAGCUAUCCAGGAGCUGCUUGCUGUGUUGACCCAAGCAGCCACCACGGCUCAGUGUCAGCUUAGGGACUCGAGAGACCCGCUGUGGGGCAGACUCCAGUGUCUACGCUGUGGCCAUGAGUUCAAGCCAGAGGAGCCCAGGUUGGGAUUAGACAGUGAGGAAGGCUGGAGGCCUCUCUUCCAAGAGACAGAAUCUCCUGCUGUAUGUCCAAACUGUGGUAGCGAUCAUGUGGUUCUCCUGGCUCUGUCCCUGGGAACCACCAGCAGGGAGCACAGGCAGGGAGAGCCAUCACCAGUUCCCUUGCAGUCCACCAGCACUGUCCGUGACCCUCCCGACCACAGCGACAGGGCCGACCAGGCCCCGCCUCACGCACCGGCCUCCCGAGACCACCACAGUUGGAGCCUCAGUCCCCCCCCCGAGCGCCGUGGCCUCCGCUCUGUGGACCACCGACUCCGGCUCUUCCUGGAUGUUGAGGUGUUCACUGAUGCCCAGGAGGAGUUCCAGUGCUGCACCAAGGUGCCCCUGGCGUUGGCAGGCCACCCUGGGGAGGCUGUGUGUCUUGUGGUGGUAUCUGACCGCAGGCUUUAUGUGUUGAAAGUGACAGGAGAGAUAUGCGGGCCUCCAGCUAGCUGGCUGCAGCCGACCCUGGCUAUUCCCCUGCACGACCUGAGUGGCAUCGAACUGGGGCUGGCUGGACAGAGUCUGCGGCUGGAGUGGGCUGCUGGGGCAGGCAGCGUCGUCCUGCUGCCCCGGGAUGCCAGGCAUUGCCGGGCCUUCCUGGAUGAGCUCACCGAUGUCUUGCAGGCUCUGCCUCCCACCUGGAGGAGCAGUGUCCAGGCCACAGAGGAGGAGGUGACCCCGGAGCACCGCCUCUGGCCUUUGCUGGAGAGAGACUCUUCCUUGGAGCCUCCCCUGUUCUUCUACCUUCGGAUGUUCCUGGUCAAAGGCUCUGCAACCUGCCCUGUGUCCUUGUUGAUGACCCUGUCCACCCUGUACCUGUUGGAGGAGGACCCUGCAGGGUCCCAGGCAGAGCCUGCUCUUCCAGCAGCUUCUGGUGAAACCCUUGAGAAGUCCCUGCCCUCGGGGCAGGGCCCUUCUGUGCAUGUCAGGGAGCAGUGGCCACUCAGCAGCCUGAGCUCGGUGCUGCUCUAUCGCACGGCCCCGGGGGACCUGCGACUGGUCUUCUAUGAUGAGGUGUCCCGGCUGGAGAGUUUUUGGGCACUUCGGGUUGUAUGUCCCGAGCAGCUGACAGCCCUGUUGGCCUGGAUCAGGGAGCCCUGGGAGGAGUUGUUUUCCAUUGGACUCCGGACUGUGACCCAGGAGGCUCUAGAUCUUGACCGGUGAGGCUUCCCCACUGACCUUGGCCUCGGGAGCCACGGCUGGAGAUGCUCUCUCUCCAGACUCUGGCUGCAGACUUCUCUGGCCUUUGGAUGCUCAAUGAGGCCCCAUAAUAACCCAGGAAAGCGUCAUCUCACCCAGGAGAAGAGUGAGAGAAGUUGCCUGCCCUGGUCUGGCUCAAGGGGACAGGCUAAGUGGUCAGUAGGGCUGUUUCUCCUGCACAUUUUCUCAGGUAGCAAUAAAAUUGUUUCCAUUCCAGAGGCCACA